UCAUUUUUAUAUUGUGUUGAUUUUGCAGGCAGGGGUAUCCAAAUUCUGCUGUUUUAUAUUUUACAUCUUUGAAAACUUUCCAUUUCAUUUCCCAACAGUAUAUUUGUGUCCUAAGAAUGGAUUUUAAUCUUGACCUAAAAAUGGAUUUUAAUCUUGGCUUCAUAGGAGGUGGAAAUAUGUCCACAGCUGUCGUCAAAGGAGUUUUGAAAAAUGAUACCCACCCUGCAUCUAAAAUAUGGGUUUCUGGACCACAUCUAGAGAACCUGCAACACUGGAAACAGAUGGGAACUAACAUUACAAACAAAAAUGGUGAAUUACUCAGUAAAUGUGAUGUCAUAUUUUUGGGUGUAAAGCCAAAUAUGUUACACAGGGCUGUUUCUGACUGUAUUACCGAUUUCAAUAACCAAUCUCCUAAGAAUGUGUUGUUUAUUUCAAUGUUGGCUGGGAUUUGUAUUGAUGAUUUGAAAAAGGCACUUGAAAUACUGCCAAUCAAGUUUAAAGUAGUGCGGACCAUGCCUAACACCCCUAUGGCUGUUGGGAGUGGGGCAUGCCUUUACACCCCUGAUGCCGGUGUGCUUGCAAACGAAUGCCAGAUUGUUGAAAAGCUGCUCAACAGCUGUGGAAUAUGUGAGCGAGUUCCCGAGUAUCUCAUCGACUCACUCGGGGCAGUCAGUGGAUGUGGACCAGCAUUUAUGUACAUAAUAAUAGAAGCAUUGGCGGAUGGUGCAGUGAAGCAGGGCGUCCCACGGGCCCUGGCGCUGCGGUUCGCAGCUCAGACUGUGGUUGGCAGCGGACAGAUGGUGUUGCAGAGCGGCAAGCACCCGGGCCUUCUCAAGGAUGAGGUCUGCUCGCCGGGAGGAUCCACUAUAUGUGGAGUCACCGCUUUGGAGAAUGGGGGAAUCAGAGCAACUUUGAUUAAUGCUGUGGAAGCUGCUACACAAAGAAAUAAAGAAAUGGGAAAGAAAUGAAUAUACAAUACCAAAGAUCUGAUGAAAAACCUCAGCCAUGUUUUAUAUAGUAUUCUGACAUAGUAUUUUAUCAUAACAUUUACUUACAAUAAUUAUAACCAGUGCAUAUAAUCCAUAAUUACAACCUACCUCUGUUGAAUUCUCUCUUGUAUUAAUGAUUAUUUAUCGUGCUAGGAAUAUUGUUGUUCAUUAUUAAGUACAUUGCAGUGCGUAACUUUUGUAUUUAUGUAAAAGGUUGGCAUAGCUGACUAGGAAAGUACCUGAGUACGUUUAAAAAAUAAGCUCAAUCAUCGAUAUUAUUAGUUGAAAGUUAUUUUUAGGCUUGCAUACACUAAUACGCUUUUAGCUAUUAUAUGCUUUUGCAUUAUUUAAGAUUUAAAAAAAUACUUAUAAAGUAGCUAAGUUAAUUUUGAACACUUAAGUAUGUCCAUUAUUUUCAAAAUGUGGUCGAUAUUGAAAUAAGAAUAAUCUUAUGUAGCGUAUACAGUAGCGUACUAUGUAAUUAAAUUACAAGAAAUAAAAUAUUGAUGUUAUAUUUUU